AUGCAGCCGCGGUCUAGCCGUAAGACGACCGGUGUGUACGGGGCGGAGCGGAUUCCUGGUAACUAUGUCAAAACUCUCACCGGCGUUGUGCGGGGCGAGGAGCUCUUCUGCCGCCCUGACUUGGAGCGGCCAUGGCGGUCAGCAGACAAGCAGCGCAGUGCUGCCACGAUUGCGCUGAAGGAAAAGGAAAUUGAGGAGCUGAUGCGACUGUGCUCGAACUUGCGAACGGAGCUGAGCAACUCCAAAAGCGACGCUCUCUUCCGGGAGUACUCGCUGACGGAGAGGACGAAGUUACAGCUGGCAGAGAAGCAAAGUGAAGUCGAUGCGCUGCAGCGGCGUGUGGAGAAGCUUGAGAAGGAGAAGAAGGAAGCUUUGACGGCCACCGAGAGCCAAAUCCGACUUCUUCGCUCGCAGGCGGAGAACGAGGCUCUUUGCUUCAAGAACGAAGCACGCCUCGCCACUGAGCGCUGCGCUGAACUUGUCAAAUCCUUCCAGAAGCAGCUCGAGGACGUCAAGGCAGCUGGUGUGCGUGAGGUAGAGUUUGUGGAAGCCCACUUCACAGCAAGGAUUGAUGAAGUUACUAUGGAGCUGAAGUCGGUGCGUGAGUCAAGCAAGGCCCUGGAGGAUCAUUACCGUGAGGUGGAGGCGCAGUCGUCGAACAUGGUCCAUCGUAUCGAGGCUGAUUACAAGGAGAGGCUGCGGUCAUUGGAGCAGCGCAUUGAGGAGCAGCGGAGCGAGUACGAGGUCCAGCUUGCCAAGGAGCGAAAGGAAAAGGAGACGGCGCUUGGGGAGUCGAAGAGAACGACCGAAAAGCUCGCCGUGCUGAUCGCUGACAGGGAGGAAGUGCUCCAGAAACAGAAGCUGUGGAACAGCUACAUCCUCUCCCACCUGGACACCUUCUAUCAUGGCGUCAUCGCGGUCGCCCCUGAGUUAGCGGUGGAUGCGACUGGUGUGCAGCUUCAGCAGGUGCCGGAGCUUUACACCCCGCGCUGCGUCCUCGAAGAUCCAGAGUCUAAGGUAAAUGUGGAGCGUGUAGCGUAUCGCGUUGCGCAACUGAAGCUGUUGGACUUACCGUCACUAGGAAAGGUGGUACCUUGCCACGGCGCCAAGUUGCCGAGUGCAGCUCAGCUUGACCAAGUGGUGGAAAGUCAGGAGCGUCUACAGCGUGCUCUGCGCGAGCUCGAGGACCAGCAAAGGGAACUGGAGGCGACUGUUAGCAGCUUCACUUCGCGCCUGUACUUCUUCAGUGACAAUCUGGAGGAAUCGCUGCGCCGCGGCCCCAGUCCCGUUCCACCGCCGCUGCGCAAUGUUGUCUUUGUCUGCCUGUGCGUUCCGCAUGGACGGGUACUGUGGCUCGCGGACACGGAGCUGAUGCGGACAUCAGUGCAGCUACUGUACAGCACUCUGCGGCUGAAGAUGGGUGAGUAUGGCGGCCACGAAUGCUACAGCGACGACGUAUCGAUGCUACUCGCGUUCGCUGAUGCGACAGCCGCGUGUCGCUUUUGCAUUGAGAGUCAGGAGUGGCUCAUGAGGCUCCCCUGGCCGGCUGCCCUUCUGCAGCUGCCGGAGGCACGGGAAGAGCAUUCUGGCAGCGGGCGGUUGGUGUAUCGGGGCCUGCGCGUCUCCAUGGCACUCCAUGCGGGUGAGGCCUACGUGGAGCCGUCUGGCAUCCCGUUGAACAGAAUGUACCGCAACCACUACUACGGCAAGGCAGUCUCACAACUGGUGCACCUUUGCUCUCUCGCGCAAGGUGGCCAGAUCAUUGCUUCCAUCGCGGCAUGGAACCUGUGCGUGCGGAGGAGGCACGAACUCGGUGCAAUAGCGGCCAAGAGCCUGGGCACACUCCCUAUUGUUUCCUUCAACAGCCAGUCAGGCAUUCAGGAGAAGCAGAGCAUUGAGCUCCUGCAGAUUCUUCCGAUGGAGCUCGAAGGCCGCAGUUUUGAACCUCCGGGUAAGGCAGCCAUCUCCCCGGUGUCUUCCCUCACCGGCGUGAAAGAGUCCGUCCUAGCCGCCGAGGUGGCCGCCGUAGACGCGCAGCGCGAGCGGGUACACGAUGCACUCAUCCUUCUGCGGGAGGAGUGCAACAGCAUUCAGAGUAGCAUGAGCAGCCUCACAGCGCGCGCGCGAGCGACUCUGCCGCACUUUCACCUCCUGCCACCGUCGGAAAUGGUUACUCAGAUGAACGAUUUGUACAGCGUCAUGGAGAAGGUGGCCAUGCGGGUCGAGAACCUCUACGGUGACUUGCAGGGAGUUGCACAUGCACAAGAGGAGUUGAAUGAACAGGCACGGGGUAUCAAAGACUACUUCCAGCUGCAGGAAAGGUCCGCGGCACGCGAAGAUGACCUUCGCACAGAAACGGAAGCAGUGCGGCGAAACCUUGGUCAUGCGCUCCAGCUGGAGAAGGACCGACACCGCGCCGAGAAGGAGCGCCUUCAGCUCGCACUUGAGGAUCGAGAGCAGCUGAUCCGCAACGUGUAUCAGAAAUUCCAGUCUAGCACGACUGGAACACACUACGAACCUUGA